AACCCUAUACAACAAACCCCACAACACCAAAAACACACACACACACACAUUCACUAGUCAAACUCUUUGACUUUAUUCCCAAAAUGCCCUCCUUCCUCUUUAUCCUCCUCCUAUCUUUCCCUUUACUAAUCUCCACAACCACCACUACCAACCCACCAACAGCCUAUGAAGCACUGGAGCUCUACGACUUUCCGACCGGCCUACUUCCGGUGGGUGUCACCGGAUACACACUAGACCAAACCACCGGCGCGUUUGAAGUCUACUUACCAGAAACAUGUAAAUAUACCGUACAAGGAUAUAAUCUAAGAUACCAAUCAACAAUAAGUGGGAUUAUAAGUAAAGAUAAGUUGACAAAUUUAAAGGGCAUAAGUGUCAAAGUGUUGUUUGUUUGGGUGAAUAUUGUUGAAGUUAGUCGUGACGGUGAUGAGUUGUAUUUAUCUGUUGGUAUAUUGUCUGCUUCUUUUGAUAUUAGUGGGUUUAUUGAAUCUCCUCAGUGUGGAUGUGGGUUUGAUUGUAAUGGGCUUGGGCUCGGGCUUGAAAGUGUUCAAAAAGAUGAUGAUGAUGAUGCGACAACGAUACCCAAUUCUGUCAAAAGCGGGAUAUAAACUGCUCCCUCAAUUUAAGUUGAAGAAGUCCUGGUUUUUUAGUUAUUAUAUCAACAAGUUUUGGUUGGUUUUAAUUGAAUAAAUUUGUGUAGCGGUUUUAGUAAAUGCAAGCACAUGGGACUUGGGAGUAGGUGUUACUGUGUUAGCUUAACUUGGUUGUCUAGCUAGAUGGAUUUCCACGUUUUGUGGAAUAAUAAUAAAAUAAGAAUACUUGUUAUUAGUCAAGUUUUUGACCUUUUGUAACUUUUGAUCAUGAUAUCAAAUUGAUGGCUAGUAAAGUUUCUCGAGUUGGAAUUUGGAAA